AUGUCUGCUAAGACAGACACCCCUCCCACCCCGCGCCUUGCGUAUAUUCGCACAAUUUUGGAACCCGACGAAACUCGCGAAUCGAUAGAUUCCUCACUAAAAAUGUUCGUAAGACAGGAAAGUUCCGAGCUUUCCAAUAAUCGACCUAAGCAUCACUUUCUUUUUGGCGCAUCCAACACGUCUGACUCACAUAUUCUUGAUAUCUUCCUUUCAAAUAUCCCAACAAACCAUAUCUACUAUGCUUUCCGCUACCUCCAAAAACUCGACCUCGAACUCCGAAUCUCUUAUGCUCGGGCUGCUACGGGUACCGGCAAGAACAUACUCCAACACUGUAUCAAUGGAGAUAUUCGAGUUCUCAUCAGUGGCAAAGACGACGAGGAAUGUGAUGAAAUUAUGCUCCAGGAAUGCGACUACAUAAUUGAUUCAAGGACGACGUACCUGGCGGCUUGGUUUUGGAACUCUGCUAGACCCGGUGUACCACAAGACAGUAUGCUCACAAAUCCGGAUUACAACGUCAACCAGCAUGAUGUCAGCAGUACACGUCUAAGGAACCGAUAUAAUGCCUAUGCAUGGAGGCCGAGCUCAGGGGGCUUUCAUGGGAAUUUUAGGGAUUGGCGAUGUAGAAAAUGUGAUGGGAAGUGUAAGAGAGGAAGAUGUUGCCCGAAAGAGGCACCAAAGAAUGGCUUGGUUUGA